AUGUCUCUCGUGCAGUAUCUGCUCCAGAAUGAGCCUUUUUUCCGAGAAUCGCGUCUUCCAUCUCUGUAUUCCGACCUGACAAACCUACGCAACACCAAUCCAGAAGGCUUCGCGGCCAACGCGCAAGCAUGGACAUCAGCCCUGCUACGACUAGCCGUAGCAGGCAACCUACCCACUGAACAGCGGUUCAUCCUCUCCACGUCAACUGACCUGCUCAACGCGCUUUCAUCGCCGACCUAUGGCAGACCCGUCGGCCUCGGUGCCGUUCUGGAUGAAGCUGUUCGCGAGAAGCAGAUGAUAGACUUGGUAGAAUUCACGAAGUCCGAGAAAAGCAUAUACGCAAAGUCAUGGAUACCUAGUCCCUGGUCGAUAUUGAGCUGGAGUCUGCGCACGGCAGGGCUGCUUGGGAACACCACGUAUGACAAGCGUGGGGAUCUGAGGCCUGGCAAUCUGGUACUGCUACCAGUACUGGAAGAUAUUAACAAGAAAGUCACAGCCUGGCAGCAACGACAGAACUUGAACUCUCUGGUCGACCGGAUAUUCACUCGAGAUGCUUUUACAACCGAGAUGGCCAAGCUGCUGUCGUCCUCAAACGCGUCUGGCUCUCUGUCGGCAAAGGAUCUUGAAGUGCUACUGCUGUACCUCUGGCGCGACCAGGGUCUUCUUAGCUACAACUCGACAACAGUCAAACUCAAGCCUGCCGGUUCGCCCUCACGACCUGAGCCCGUCUCACAAGAAGACAACGCAAUUGCCAACCUCAAGUCGCUCAUCUCAUCUAUGACUGUACAGAUUCAGAACUUGGAAGGCACCAUAUCCACCCAGAACCUGCGCGCGAAGUCCGCCGUCACGCAGAACAAUAAGACGAUAGCCCUCGCAGCCCUUCGCUCCAGGAAAGCAGCCGAGCGCACACUCGAGCAACGUACCGCAACCCUUCGCCAACUGGAAGAAGUAUAUACUCAGAUCGAGAACGCAGCCAGCCAGGCCGACAUCGUCAAUACGCUACAGCAAUCCACCUCAGCACUGAAGUCCCUCAAUUCCAAAGUCGGCAGCAUAGACAGCGUAGACGCUGUAUUAGACGAGCUACGGGAAGAGAUGCAGAAAACAGGCGAGGUGCAAGACGUGCUCGCGGAGCCGCUCGCAUCUGGCCAGGAAGCCGAGGCGAAUGAGCUUGAGGUUGACGAAGAGUUGGAGGCAUUGGAGAAGGAGGAGUGGGAAAAGCUGGAGGAGAAGCAGGCAAAGGAAACCGCAGCACGACUGAAGGAACUCGAGGGAGUGGGCAAGGAGCACCAAGCACAACAGCAACAUGUGCAACAACAUGCGCAGCAACAUUCUCAGCAGCAUGCGCAAGCACUGAAAGAGAACGAAACCAACGAUUUCGAAGCGCAACUUUCGAAGAGUGUAGAGAAGAUGAACACCCUGUCAUUGACUACGCUGAAGUCUGCAGACCAUGAGAAGCGACCACAGGCACAAGAGGCGACCUGA